UAUUUCGGAUUGUGCGACAAUGGAAUCAAUUGCACAUACCAAUUAUCACCCAUCAGUAUUGCAUCGGUGCAAAUAUGCCAUAACCACUCCGGUGUCUAACCUGACCGCAUUUGCAUCCUUGGCUACCGAAGGCGUGAAGUGAUGCUGAUGGCCAAGUUCAUUUCCAUCUUUCGCCGUGUGUCGCCCGCUGGUGAUAAUCACCAUUCACCGUGUCUGUUGAGUAAUCGCAUACGAGUAGUGCCGCAUAUUCGGGCAUAGGAUCUACACUAUAAAACCGAAAUCUCGAAGUAUCAUUGCCAUAGUAUCAUUUUCUCCAUACUUCAGUUCAGUAGAUUCCAAAACGAAAUCAAAAAUGAACAAAUUCUUAGCAUUAUUUGCUGUUCUGAUUGCCGUUUCCUUGGCGGCCCCACAAGGAUCCUCUUCCGAUAGCUCAGCACCGAUCAUAAGUGAAAACUCGGAUAUUCAACCGGACGGAAGCUUCCAAUACUCGUACGAAACCGGGAAUGGAAUCAAAGCUCAAAACCAAGGAUCGCUGAAGAGUGUCCAGGUGCAGAAAGCCGACGGCAGUGGAACCGAAAAUGCUCAGGCGCUUGUCCAAACCGGAAGCUACUCGUACAAGUCACCCGAUGGAACGCAGAUCGAUCUGAAGUAUACCGCCGAUGAGAACGGAUUCCAUCCGGAGGGAGCUCAUCUCCCGGUGGCACCCUCUCCUGUUCAGUAGAAAUUGUGUUCAUGAAAAUUGAAUAGACUGAAAUAAUUCCUGCGGGUUUUGCGCUGAAAUAAAAUGUUUACAAUUGUUUGUAUUGACGUUUAUUCUUAAUUCCUGUGCUCGUGUGUAUCUGAUUAUAGUGGUCGUGUAAUUUUGCCAAACAUCAAAAAGCAGGAUUGUUCUAGGAAGCAAACUUGUUUGUACGUACAUCAACAGAAAAUUUUCA